GGUUGUUUAAACGAUUAUUGAUUCUUCUUUUAGUUUCAAAUUUUCAAGCAUAUUUUAAAAUUUUUGAAGAAUAUUUAAAGGUCAAAAAUUGUGCGUUUAUUAGACAAUAGAAGAAUUAUCAAUAAAGUUUUGAGAAGUUUUAUAAAUGUCUGUUCAGUAAAAAAGAGAAAAUGAAGUGGAGACAUAAACAAAGUUCUAACAAAAUAAACGAGUAAGAGAUAAGGUGAAUCAAGAAGAAUAAAAAAACAUUUGGGAGCAUUCAAAGUGAUUUAAAAAUAAAAACAAAUAUCAAAGGCAAUCAACUAUAUCAAAUAAAGCAAACAAAUUUUGUUAGAAAUUAUGAAAUCAAGAAAGAUUAGCGACAGUUUUGCAAUAGUUUUGGUUCACCUUCUGAUAUUUUAUUCUUGCAUAAUUAAAUGCUUUGGAAAAGACUCGUAUGCUUACACAAAAGAUACUUCAAUUACGAAGAGUGAAAAGCUGAGAAUUUGCAUUGUCGAGAACCGGGGAUCUUUUCAUCGCACGGAGAAGUUUUGUCCAACGCUUGAAAAACAAACAAAUAUUGAAUGCAUUAUCGGCGUUGAUCGUUCAGACUGCGCGAGAAGAAUUAGCAAAGGCUACGCACACUUUGGCGUUUUUUCAAGUGAAGAUUUGGUUGGCGCCAGAUGGGCUAGCUUAGAGAUAUUAGUAACAAGCGAAAUACGUUUUCAUUCCGAACCAUUCGAAUAUGGUGUGGUUGUAGUUGUAGACAAUGAAGCGAACAUUCACUCAGCAGCUGAUCUCAAGAGUUCUCAUCUUUGUCAUCCCGGCAAAGGUUUAGACAAUAAUUGGAAUGACAUUAUUUCUGAUUAUCUGGAAAAUGUUAUGGUUGCCAGAGGAUGUGAGACUGAAAUAACGCUUCCAGAGUCAAGAAUAAAAGCAACAGCUAAUUAUUUCGCUGAAAGUUGUAAAGCCGGUCCCUGGGUUAAUGAUCCAAUGCAAGAUAAAAAAUUAAAAGCUAAAUAUCCAUCAUUGUGUUCACUUUGUUACAAUCCUUCAGUGUGUGGUGUUGGAGAUAAGCAUUGGGGUCGUCGUGGUCCACUCUAUUGCUUAACAAGUGGAUCAGGAGAAAUUGCUUAUGUUCGACUAGAUGACGUAAAAAGUUUCUUUGGAUUCACGGGAUUAACACCAGAGAGUGAUCCAAAUAAUUACAGUUAUUUGUGCCCUGACAGUCACCUUCAACCGUUAAAUGUUGAAAAUCCUUGCACUUGGAUCGAUAAACCUUGGUCGGUGUUAGCAGCAAAAAGAUCGCACGCUCAAAAGGUGCAAGAAUUAUUCAGAGAAAUCGACGUGACAAUCGAAUGGCAACAAGCACUUCUUCAACUUUUAGAAUCUUAUCACGUAAACAUUACGAGUUUAGACUUUCCCAUAACAAUUGAUGAUUAUUUGGAUAAAAGUUCCGGUUAUCAAAGUGCUCAUAGUUUUCCAGCUUGUUAUCCCCCAAGACAGAUCGUUUAUUGUACCACAAAUUUAAUAGAGUUUAGCAAGUGCAGUUGGCUUCAAGAGAUUUCAACAGUUUAUGGUAUUGAACCGAACUUUCAAUAUUUGGAAGGAAAGGUAGCUUGUUUUCCUUCAUCUCGUGGUGCCUCAUUCUCAUCAGUAUCGGAAACAUUAAAUAGAUUAAAUCUUAUUCCAAAUAACUGUUCAAGUUCGGUAGAAAGAUUUUUCUCAAGGAAAUCUUGUUUUGGAAAUCAAAAGUCAAAAUAUUGUAAAAAUAAUUUCGUGGGUGAAGAUGGGCCAUUAAGGUGCUUAAAAGAUUAUGGUGAUGUUGCAUUUAUGAACUUGGAAGCUUUCACAAAUUUCACUGCUCAAAAUAAAAAUAUUAAGGAAUUUAGGACUAUAUGUCCUUUUCAAAAUGUAAAUAAAUAUUUGAAAUCAAGUGAUAUCUGCUACUUAAGUUGGACCUCAAAAGGAGUAUUAUUAACAAGUAAGGAUAAAAGUCAAAUGAGAAUCAACGAGAUUGUAAAUGCGCUUAAAACAAUGGACAAUCACUUUGGAAAACAUAAAUUCCGAUCAGGAAACAUACCUUUCACACUCUAUGGACCAUUCGAUCAAAAGAAUAAUGUUAUUUUUAGAGAUGCAACUGAUAUGCUUAAGACAAACUUUGAGUUUAAAAAAACAAGUUUUGAGAGAAACUCAGAAGAUUAUUUCGACUCUUUAAUAGAAAAUAAUCAAUAUUGUAACAAAUCUGGGUCAAAAUGUGUUCUUAGUGGUAUAUUGAGUUUGAUAACAACCACGAAAACAGCUGCUCGAGCAGGCACGAGUGCACUGAAAGAUGAGAAAACAACGAAAGCAAACAAAUUGUCUACAAAUGAUAAAAAUGUUGCUGAUAAAAAAUCGGUGACAAAGAAAUCAGACUUUGGAUUAUCAGCUAAAACAACAAAUGGAAAUAAAGCGUCAAUAAAACUCAAAAGCUCGUCUUUAGUGACAGUGAAAGCUCCUGAAAAGCCGAAAUCAUUGAGUAAGAAAAAUGUUAUGAACACAAUUCACAAUGUGACAGUCGCUUCACCUCCUUCUUCUGCUUCAAAAGAAAGAACAGCAUUGCCUACAAAAAAGGAGCCAAUUAAGGCAAGUAACCACACAAGAUCAAACACAAGAACAAUACCGCCAGAAGAUUCAAUCUUACAUAAGCAUAAACUUUUGGAAAACGAACAAAAAGAAACAAAGCUAAAUAUAAAAGAUCCUGUUGCCUUUGAUAUCAAUUUCAAAGAAGACAAAAAAGAGAAAAAAGUUGAAGCUAAAGAUGAAGAUGAGUACAAUUACGAAAGUGAUUUUGAAUCAUAUGAAAGUGACUUUGAAUCAGAAGUUCCAUCAACAAAUUCAUCAAAAGACAACAGUGACGUUGACGACGAAGUCAAAUCGGUUCCAACAACAAAUAUCCAUAAAGAACGUGAUUCGGGUAGUUUUGAAAUGAAUUCAAAGAAAUCUGCAUCGCCUACAAUUCCUUACGACAGCAUUGAAGACACAAUCAAUUCUCAUGACAGCGGAAUUUCUUAUGAUGACUUAGCAGCUACAACAAGCAAGCGAUCAUUAGGCUCAAAACAAAAAGAAAUCUACAAACGAGGAAAAGAAUUGAUGAAAAAGAUAACAUUUGAUGAACAAAACUUUAAUAUUUUUGAGUCAAAACAAAUUCCAUACGAAACUUUCAUGUCAGUUUAUGGUCAACGUGGAAUGACUCAAAUUUCUACGCAAUCAGAAUCUAUGAUGUUGUCUGACGAGGUUCAAACUGAUGCAAUUAUGAAAUCUGAAAUUUGGACUCAAUGUCCACCGAAAUUCACUAAAUCUGGUCUUGAAAUUGUCAAUUCGAAGAAUUAUAAUGAAGAAAAGUUGGGAGUUGGUGAAGGUGAGAUUGAAAAGAACAACUUUAAUGAUAUUUCCGAUGAUUUAUCAUUCAACAUUGAGGCUAUCAAUAAUUUCUCCAAGAACGAAUUUGAAAUAAACUUCAAAUCAAUUUCAAAUGUGAAUUCAAAUGAUGUCCAUAAAUUCAUUGAAAAUGCUGCUUUGACAAUGUCAAAUGUUCUUGAUCGCCAUUCAAAAAUUCUAGAACUUCAACCAAGUCAUUUACCAAUCAGUCGUGGCUUAAUUAAACUUCAAUUUGAAGAUAACAAAUUAUUAUCAAACACAAUCAUCACAAAGAUUUAUACAAACAAAAAUAUUCACAAUUUCCUUCUCACUGUUCACAAGCAACAAAACAAUCAAGAAAAUAUUUUGUGUCUUUGGGAUGUUUUACUCAACAAGCAACCGAUUAAGAUGUUUAAGUCGUGGAGUGAAUUAAAAUGCUUGGAAAUGCAUGAUCAUCAACGUGAUGUUCUCGUUGGUGGUUGUAACGAUGGAACGAUUUGUUUAUGGGAUGUUCAAGAAUUCAACGAGUGGAGUGACGAAAGUAUGGAAAUGUCGAUGAUUAAACCUUGCGAGAUUGUCUCGUUAAGUCAAACAGUCAUUGAAUUCACUUUCGAUAAUGUGGUUGCUUUAAGAAGUUUACCUUAUCGAGAACAUAAAAACACUAAGUCAGUCUUUGCACAGUCACAGGCAUCACAGAUUUGUUCAUUACAACAAAGUGGAACAGUCACAAUUUGGACAAUUUCACGAACCCACUUCGAUGAGGUUGGAAGUUUAAAUCCGAGGAAAUCUGACUUGAAAUUCAGUCAUGUAAAGAGUCGAAUUAAAUUAUUGAGAAAUGUCGUUAUUGAACUGAACAACUUGACGAAGAAAAUCCCCGAGAAAGAAGGAAAAUUAACAAGAAAAUCGGCAUUUGAAAAAACUCGCUAUUACUUCGAAAACGAUUUGUUUAACGAUAAAGUUCUUCGUGAACUUCAAGAAAUCGAUACAAAUCGUUUAAAUAAAGCUAAAAAUCCAUUUGAUGACGAUGAUUUAUUGAGAUUUAAUGAUUGUACGAUUGGACUUAAUGAAAUUCUCGCAACAACUGACUUGAAUUACAUCGUUGCGAUAUCUCGUCUGAAUUUAGCUGAUAAGACAAGAAAAAUUUUCACGAAUGAAUCAAGUUUCGUGUCGUCGACAGUGAUUAAGUUUCACCCAAUUAAUUCGAAUAUUCUAGCGGUCGGUCAAGCGAAUGGUGAAGUUAGAUUUAUGAAAAUUUAUGAUGACGAUCAGUCGCCUUCAAGUCACGCUUCUAAGAAUGCCAGGAAGUCAGUUGACACUUCUUCGAGUGUCAAUAACGAUGUUCUAUCGAAAUCUUGUGCUUUUCAAAACAUCGUUGAGAAGGAAAAGAAACUUUACGACGAGACACAAGCUCUGAAUAAUCUCGAGUGUGAUGAACUCAAAGCGUUUCUUGUCAACGAAGCGUUAUCGAAACAAUUUUACGAACAUAACGAUGCACGAGAGAACUUCAAAGCUCCUUUCGAUAAGAACAUUUUCAACUCAUUUGAAGUCUCUCCAGGUGCCGUCACUUCCAUUGAGUUCAAUAAAAUGGGAGAGUUUAUGUUUGUCAUUGUUGGGAAAAAGUUGAGAAUCUUCAAUUGCUGGUUGAAUGCGAAAGUUGAUCAUGAAGAGAAACGAAACAUUGUCGAUGUCAAAUGUGUGAUUGGAGCUGAUUCGACUGAAUAUUUGAUUCUUGUCACGAAUGAAAAUGAAGUUCUUAUCAACAAACUCAAACACUAAUUUAUUGCACUUUAAAAUUGUUGAAUUGCUUUUGAUGAAGAAGAUUUUUGAAAUAAAUUUGUGAUCUUUGAACAUUUUUUUUUGCCUUCCCUGAUGAUUUCGAGUAAUUUUUUCUUUCAGUAAUUUGAAGAUUAAAUUUGUGGAGAUGACGGCAUGGCGAUUGAAGUCAAAGCUCGUGAGUUGCAUAAAAUUUGACGUAGUGUGCAAACUUCUUCUCUUAAGGCAAUUGUUUGCGCCCU